AAAAAAAAAAAAAAAAAAAUUAAAAUCCCUUUCUUGGAGAAGAAUGAAAGACCUCAACAUACAGAGAGGAGAGGAGCUAGGUUCUUGUGAUUCUUAACAAGAAAUCGCACAAUUUUUUUUUUUUUUUUUUAAAAAAAAUUCAAUCUUUAGAGGAGAGAGAAAGAGGGUAAAAGAAAGAAAAGGAAGAUGGGGUUGACGAAUUUUGUAGUGACAGUAGCAGCUGUUGGUGCUGUUAUUCUUCUUGCCAAAAGCGACGUUAGACAAUCUGCUGCUGUUUUCCGUCGCAAUGUUCGUCACAUUCGUAAUUGGCUUGAAGAAGAAUCUUCUGCUGCUUCCAAGUCUGCUGAGAAGGCAAAACCCAAAGAGCUGGAUAAAGAUAUUCAUAAAAAGGACAGUACAAAGGGAGACAAGUAGUUGUUUUUGGCAAAUAGUUCAGGCUACAUACGGGUCAACAGAAUAGUAUGAAGAUUGAAGAGAUGUAAACAGUAAUUCGUAGAUUUUAUCGUAUGUACAUGGAAGAGAUAAUUUUGUGCUUUAGCUCUCAUGAACAAGCUAAUUCUUAUGAGGUUAUCUUAGGUUUAGUUUUGCUGUUGAUGUGAUGAAGAACAUGAAUAUGGCUUACAUUAUUCUCAUUAUGCAGUCCUUGUGCGUUGACUUAUGGUUUUGUAAAACAUUUUUGUCGAUGGAGACAAUAGUUGCAUUGCGUGAUCGCUUGAUUAAUUUUGUGAUCUUAAUAAAUUUGAUAUCUUCUAAACGCUUAUGAUA